UCAUACUAAAAAUGGGAGGAAAAGGAUCAAAUAAUAACGAUAAUAAAUCAGCUUUUGAGAACAUUAGGAGAGCAAAUAGCGGUAUCAUCCCAGCUGCAGCAAGACCAAAUGAUGGAGAUGAUAAUCAAUACCCAUUCCAGAAUUAUUUACAAAAUAGUGAUGGAGAAGACACCACUAGCCAAGUUGCUGUCUUAAAGAUGCAUUCAGCUAUUAGGAAGGAUACUAUCAAGCUUGUAAAAGAUGGAGAAGGGAAGUAUUACUUCUCAUUCCAGUUUGAUUCAACAUAUAACUGUACUAUUACUAUUUUUGUGUGAUGACAGGAACUUAAGAAUGCAAAUAAUAUUCCUUUACAUUUUGUUACUGCUCCAGAUUUGCCUUGUCCCAAUCAGUAUAAAUUUUCAGCUGGAAUCGGGCAGGAUUUCCCACCAAAGGUAAAUAUCUUAAAUCCUACUGCUUAUAAAGAGCUUGACUUAACUGAAGCAAAGGAUGAUUACUUCCCUGUUGUAUUAAUGAUUGAGACUGAUUACCCUGAAGAUUAUAAAGGCAAGGCUAAAUAAGAGUUGCCAGAUAAUCUAUGGCUCUUUCAUCCUUGAAGGAUCAGACUACUCCUUUCAUUGCCUUAAAGCCAAGUUCUUGUUCAAUAAUAGAAUGUUUGACCUAGGUGAGAUCUUUGGGAUUGAGGGUGGAACUGCCAACCUGAUAAAUGAUACUAACAAAUUAUGAGUAAUUUGCUUUACCAAUGACAAGGAUACAGUCGUACUUCCUUGAAGACACAUGUGAUUGUGCAUGGAAUGCUCCCAAAUAGUAAGGAGACAGUCUAACAACUGCCCUAUUUGUAGGACAAAGGUUUCAACCUUUAUUCAAAUCAAGGAUGAAAAUGCACCAAACCCAGAAAGCAAUGAACCAAAGUCAUUAAUGAGGAAAGCUACUAAUGAUGAAAGUGAAGAAGAAGAGGAGAGUGAAGAGGAAGUCGAAGAGAGCAAAAAUGCUCAUAGAGUUGAUGAGCCAGACCUUGAAGCUUAGCAUUAUUUUUUAUCUCUUGUGC